AUGGAAAGUAUAAAGUUGGGUUUUAUCGGUGGGGGAAAUAUUGUUCAGGCAUUUAUUAAUGGACUUCAUCGGUCAAAUCAAUUAAAAUUAACAAACACGAUGAUUAGUUGUCCAAAUGCUAAUGAGAAACCAAUAUUCAAACAGUACAGUGAAUAUAUCCAAACAACAACGUCAAAUAUUGAUUUAUGUCGAUUUGCUGAUAUUGUUUUAUUUGCUGUCAAAUCUAAAUUUAUUAAAUCAAUAUGUAAUGAAUUGAAUGAACAUUUGAAUCACGAUGAUAAAAAACGCAUUUUAUUUGUAUCAGUUAUUCCUGGUUUGAAGAUAUUGACAAUAGAAAAAUGGUUAAUGAUUAAGAAUGAAAAUAUCGUUCGUAUUAUGUACAACGUCGCUGUUGCGACUGAAAAUGGUUGUUUUUGCUUUGCUAUGAGCAAGCUAAAUGAGUCGAUGAAACAGUCCUAUGAAAAUUUAAAAUUUUUGUUUAAUGCCGUUGGACAAUAUGCUGGUAAUGUUACAGAAGAUCAAUUAGACGUAGUUACAGCUCUCAUGGGUAGCGGACCAGCGUUUUUUUGUUUGGUAUGCGAAGCAAUGGCAGAUGGAGCAGUAAAAAUGGGCUUGCCGCGUGAUUUAGCAUUGGCGAUGACAAAGCAAACGAUGGUCGGUUGUGCUAAUUUGCUGUUGUCAUCGAAAGAUAAACAUCCCGCACAAUUAAGGGAUGAAAUAGCAACACCAGGUGGCACGACUAUUUAUGGCUUACACGCACUGGAAACAAAGGCUGUAAGAGGAGCAUUUAUAGAUGCGAUUUCGGUCGCAGCGCAAAGAGCUCAAAAUAUGUCAAAAGAGUUAGAGACAUUUGAGAAUGAUAAUAGUUGA